AUGACAAGCUCUAAAGACUGUCAUGGAGCCACAAUGACAAGCUCUAAAGACUAUAAUGGAGCCAAGCUCCGCCUCCACGUGGUAAUGUUUCCAUGGUUAGCCUUUGGCCAUAUGUUUCCACACUUGGAGCUCUCAAGGCUCAUUGCUCAAAAGGGUCACACCGUCUCUUUCAUCUCCACACCUCACAACAUCGACCGCCUCCUCCCACGGCUGCCGGAGAAUCUCUCAUCCGCCAUCAAUUUCGUCAAAAUCCCACUUCCUUCCGACAACAAACUCCCGGACGACUGCGAAGCCACCACCGACGUUCCUCUCCAUCUUGUACCUUAUCUGAAAAUCGCCAUGGACGGAAUGCAAACCCCGGUGACGGAGUUUCUUGAAUCUUCCAAACCAGAUUGGAUUCUUCAAGAUUUCGUGCCUCAUUGGCUUCCCUCGGUUUCUCGCCGCCUCGGAUGUAAAACUGGAUUCUUGAGCGCUUUUAGCUCCGCGACUUUAGCGACUCUGAUUGCGCCGGGAUUCGAUGAGGAGUACCGUACGUCGCCGGCAGAUUUUCUUACGCCGCCUAAGUGGAUCCCAUUCGAAACUACCGUAGCUUACAAGCUUUACGAGUGCCGGAACUUAUUCAAAGGUUUCAUGGCGACGACCUUCGAAGGGAAUAUCCCCGACGUGGACCGUAUGGCCGGCGUAAUCAACGGUUGUGACGUCAUCGUCGUACGAAGCUGCUACGAGUACGAAGCAAAGUGGUUGGAACUUAUACAGAAGCUUCACGGGAAACCGGUUAUACCGGUGGGAGUUUUACCUCCAAAUUUGGAAGAAAAGUAUGCAGAUAGUGACACGUGGCUGUCUCUAAAAGCAUGGCUGGACUCAAGACAAACCAAAUCCGUUGUCCACGUAUCUUUUGGUUCAGAAGCUAUGCCGAGUCAGACACAGCUAAAUGAAAUCGCUCUCGGUUUAGAGCUUUCCGGUUUACCUUUCUUCUGGGUGUUAAAGACUCAACGUGGACCGUGGGAUACCGAACCGGUCGAGCUUCCCGAAGGUUUCGAAGAGCGGACCAAGGAGAGAGGGAUGGUUUGGAGAGGCUGGGUUGAACUACUGAGAACGUUGAGCCACGAUUCGAUCGGUUUGGUUUUGACUCAUAGCGGUUGGGGAACGCCAAUAGAAGCUAUCCGGUUUGCUAAACCGAUGGUGGUGUUGGCUUUUAUGAAUGACCAAGGUUUAAAUGCCAGGGUGAUAGAGGAGAAAAAGAUUGGGUAUAUGAUCCCUCGGGAUGAGACAGAAGGUUUCUUUACCAAAGAAAGUGUUGCUAAGUCGUUGAGAUUGGUAAUGGAAGAUGAAGAAGGAAAGGUCUACAGAGAGAAUGUGAAGGACAUGAGAGGAGUGUUUGGAGACAUGGAUAGGCAAGAUCGUUAUGUUGAUUCUUUCUUGGAUUAUCUUGUUGCUAAUCGUUAA